CCUGGCGCCUCCUGAUCUUUUUAACAACCUGCUACCGGCCGUAGCUGGCAUCGCCACCGACAUGACCAUCACCGUCGGACGGCAGCUGCUGCUCCUCGUCCUCGUCUUGGGCUUCCUCCUCCUCCUCCUCCUCUUCCCGCUCGACGUCUUGUCGCCGGUUGCGGCCACGGCCGACCUGAGCUACCCGGAGGCGACGGAAUUUGGCGUCCGGGAGGAUCUGGUGGUGAUGAGGAGGGAGGAGUACGACGAAGGGCGGAUCCUGGACAUCACCCACGCGUACCACGAGGACAUGCCGGCGGGAGGGACGGAAGAGGGGCUCGGCCGCUUCCUCUGGCUCGCUAAGUCCAUGAGGAACGGAUCCCUCGCCAACAGCUCCGUGAUGAAGUUUUCGGUCCACUCCGGCACCCACGUCGACGCCCCUGGUCACCUAUUCCAGCACUACUUCGACGCCGGCUUCGAUGUCGACUCGCUCGACCUCGGCGUCCUCAAUGGUCCGGCAUUGUUGGUGGAUGUUCCAAGAGACAAGAACAUUACAGCUGAUGUAAUGGAGUCCCUGCAUAUUCCAAGAGGAGUUCGCCGUGUGCUUUUCAGGACAUUAAAUACUGACAGAAAACUUAUGUGGAAAAAAGAGUUUGAUGCAAGCUUUGUUGGAUUCAUGAAGGACGGUGCACAGUGGCUGGUUGAUAACACUGAUAUUAAACUCGUUGGUAUUGACUAUGUGUCAAUUGCUGCUUUUGAUGAUCUGAUCCCUUCUCAUGUGGUUUUUCUCAAAACUCGGGAGAUCAUUAUCGUGGAAUCCUUAAAGUUGGAUAACAUCAAGCCUGGGAUAUACUCUUUACACUGCUUACCUCUUCGGUUACGAGGCGCUGAGGGAUCACCGGUCAGGUGUAUUCUUAUUAAAUGAUCAUCACCAUGGAGAAUUCCAGAGAAGACCUCUCUUCUCUCCUCUGGUGUUGUUGCUGAGGAGAGGAGUUACAUUAUAAUGUUGGCUUCAAUGAGUUCGCUUUAAUUAUGUUGGUGCAUGUUGUAUAUGUCCUCCACGAUUGCCUGAAGGAAUCCUUGUGUGCAGGACUCAGCACACAUCCUCUCUCCUGCAGCAGCGUCGACCGGCGGUGAUGCCCAAUGAGGGCGGAUUGUUUCUCUUGCACAGAUAGCACAUCAAUGUGUACCAUGAGUAUCCAAAUUUGCUUGGUGGUGAGUUGUUUAGUUAACCAUUAGUUGCAGAAAGUUUGCAAGGAUUUCACUGCUUGAUGGUUAGGUCGGUACGUAUCAUUGCCGUCUACCACCACCAACAUCAUUCUUUUGUUAUGAAAGCUCAUGUUAACAUAUCGUAGUUCUACUUGUCCGACUCGUAA